AUGGAGCUAUCGGAGACACUAGAUACUACCAAUCGUCCUGAUGAGUGGAAGAUUGAACAGGGCAUGGCAGGCCACAAAUUGCCUAUCCUUGAUCAAUCUGGAAGAGUCACCAACCACAUUUACCCCCCACCGGAGAAAAAAUUGACGAAAGAUAAAAAAGCGAUUGCGUCAGUGGGUGAUCGCGCAAAGCUAUUCGCCCGCGAGCGUGUAGGUUGGAAAGGAUACGUUGAGUGGGAAAAAUAUCCGGAGAAAAAGGCGAAAGCACGGAAGAUUCUCACUUCGCAAACAUUUGACCCCUGCCCUGACUUCCAAUUUGGUCCAAUUCCGGGGACCAAUCCCGUGCUCCCGGGAGAUGAUUUCAAAGAGUGGCAUGCCGCCCUCGGUGGUGAACUUGCCACUACGUCAGAUGACUCUUGGAAAUGUGUUCUCCGCGAAAAACAUCCCGAUAUGCUUCACCUCUUGCAAUUCCCUUACAAUGGAGAGCCUCCCAAGCGGCUGGUCACCUCAAAGGCGAUCACACCGAACCCGCUUCAUUUCGUCCGGAAUCACGGCGGGAUCCCAAUCAUUGAUAAGGCCAAAUGGGAGCUGUCACUCGAUGGCUUGGUCAAUCACCCAAAGACCUACAAACUACGUGAUCUCCAAGACGAAACCAAGUUUCCUCGCAUUGAGAAGACGGUUACCAUACAGUGCUCGGGAACUCGCCGCAUUGAGCAGAUUUCCCUCUACAGUGGUCAGGGAGACGAGGUUCCCCAGGCCCCGUGGGCUGAAGGUGCCAUUGGAACUGCCCGAUAUGUCGGUAUCAGUUUGAAAAAGGUUAUCAAGGACUGCGGGGGUCUCGUGAAACCUGCUAAACACCUCGAGCUUUACGGUGCUGAGACUUACGUCAAGGAUCUGGAGGUGGGCAACUAUCUUGUCAGUGUCCCCUGGUCUAAGGUAAAGGCAAACGAGGUUAUUUUAGCCUGGGAAAUGAACGGUGAACCUUUGCCAAAAAUUCAUGGUUAUCCAUUACGAGUGGUGGUGCUAGGGUACAUUGGGGCUCGAAGCGUCAAAUGGCUGUAUCGCAUCAAGGCCAUUGAAAACCCUUCUAUGGCACCGGUUCAGAGCAAAGAAUACCUCUACUUCAACCAACAGGUCGGUAAAUACAACUUGCGACCCACAGAUGGCAUCCAGAUUCAAGAAAUGCCAGUCAGCUCGGCUAUCAUGUCCCCAUGGACAAAUCAAGCUGUUGUGCACACUGGAAAGAUUCGAUGCAAGGGCUGGGCCUAUUCUGGAGGUGGCCGCUGGCCAGAACGAGUUGAGUUGUCGGCAGAUGGUGGUUUCAGUUGGUACGACGUGCCACCCGAGAAUUUAUCGAAGAAGGGCAAAUGGACCUGGCGCACCUGGGAAAUCGAUUUACCUUGUGAUGUGGAAGGAUGGAUUGAAAUUGUCUGUCGAUGCUGGGAUAACUCCCUCAACACACAACCGCUCAAUGUCCGAGCAGCUUGGAACUGGGGUCUGCAUGUUACGUCCUCGGCCCAUCGAAUCAAGGUUUAUAGUAUUAACAAAAGUCGCGAAAUUACGAGAAAACGCUUGGAUAAGUAUGAGCAAAUGGGUGUCCCCUUGGCUCCUCUUACUCGCUAUGAGAUUGUCCCGAGUCAAACAGACAAGGAAUAUGCGCAGUAUUGGAAGGACCAUGAGCCACGGGAUGUUGAUGAAUGA